AGGUGCGCAGACGUCUCUCCGUCGCCUCCUGCACAGUCAAGAGUCCAGAUAUGGACAAGGAUUACGUUGGUUUUGCUACUCUGCCCACCCAAGUCCACAGGAAAUCCGUGAAGAAGGGCUUCGACUUCACCCUGAUGGUGGCAGGGGAAUCCGGUCUGGGGAAAUCCACCCUCAUCAACAGCCUUUUCUUGACAGACCUGUAUACCGAUCGGACAGUUCUGGAUGCUGAAGCCAGGAUCCCCCAGACGCUGGAGAUUGUCAAACAUGCUGUGGAUAUUGAAGAAAGGGGGGUGAAGGUGAAAUUGACUGUGAUUGACACCCCAGGAUUUGGAGAUGCCGUGAAUAAUGUCGAGUGCUGGAAGCCAAUUGCCCAUUACAUCGAUUGCCAGUUUGAGCAGUAUUUUCGGGACGAGAGCGGCCUCGACCGCAAGAAUAUUCAGGAUAGCCGUGUUCACUGCUGCCUCUACGUCCUCUCACCUUUUGGACAUGGGCUCCGCCCCCUGGAUACAGCAUUCCUGUGUGCCAUUCAUGACAAAGUCAAUAUUGUACCUGUGAUUGGAAAGGCGGAUUGCUUGACUCCAGCAGAGGUACAACAGAAGAAAGAGAAGAUCCGGCAAGAGUUAGAAGAAAACGGGAUAAACAUUUACGAGUUUCCUGAGUGUGACUCGGAUGAAGAUGAAGGAUUCAAAGCUCAGGAUGCUGAGAUGAAGCGCAGCAUCCCCUUUGCUGUAAUUGGGUCUACUCAGGUGGUGAGAGACUUGAAGGAAAAAGUCUUCCGGGGAAGGGAAUAUCCCUGGGGAACAGUGGAAGUGGAGAAUUCAGCUCACUGCGACUUCCUCAAACUUCGGAACAUGCUGAUUCAAACCCACAUGCAGGACUUAAAGGACGUGACCCACGAAGUCCAUUACGAAAACUACCGGGCUCAGUGCAUCCAGAACUUGUCCAGGAUCGGGGGCCGGGAUCGCAGCAGCCGCGCGAAGCUGUCUCGUCAAGGCGCUACCGAGCUGCCACUUCUGCCUCUGGCUCCUGACGCGGAGAAAUUAAUCCGUGAGAAAGACGAGGAGCUCCGCCGAAUGCAGGAAAUGUUGGAGAGGAUGAAGGAACAGAUGCUACAGAGUCAGGUGGAGCAAUCAGAUGGUCUCUGAAGCGGCUUCCUGCCCUUCUGUGGGAAUCCUGGAAUGGAGAAAGAGUCCAAUCUCCUUCCACCUGGCAAAAGGCGAAGACAUUAUUUAGCUCAGGAGAGCGCCGUGUUCACGCUGAUGGGGGAGUUUUUUGGAAGGGCGGUGGGUGGGACUGUUUAGGGAAUUCUCCAACUGGAUUGCCUGUCUGUCGCUGGUAUGUAUCCUUCUUUCUUGGCACAAUCAAAGAGCUCACUGGAAUGCAACUGCUUCAACAAAUUCACGAGAGAAUUCAAAGAAAAUAAAAUAUAUUUUUUUGCACAA